GUGCUUUCGUAAAAAAAAAGAAAAAAUAAUACAGGAAGAUAAAAGUUAUGAAAAGAAGAAAAGAAGAUUUUGCUGGAUGAAGAAGAUGACCACCACCUUUUCCUCUCCCUAUCUUCGAGAGACCCUUUGGACUGCUAUGUCCCUUCGAUAAUUUGUCCUAGACGAAUCGUUGUUCAAGCAACCCCCGUGCAACAUCAUGCCGAACCAAACGAAAUUAUUCGAAUUAAGAAAAAAGAAGACAAAUUUAAAUCGUCCAAUCGUUAAUGGAUAACAAAAUUCAUUAACUUUCGAUUAAAAUAAUAUAUUUAAUAAUAUUGUAAAACUAUAAGAAAUUAUUGACAAGAAUUUUAUUACUUGACUAUGCUGACAUCGAACUAACAUCGAUCAACCAAACAGAAGAAUAAAAAGAAGAAGAAAAAUAAAUGAAUUAUUAAAAAAAGAUUGUUUAAAAUUAAGAUAAUCAUUGGAUGAUCAGAAAAUCGACGUUUGAGGGUGAUUGUUCAUUCUUCAUUCUUCGAUCGAGAUGAAGCUGAACGAUAAUGUGACAAUGGAGGCCUGCAACAUAUGGGGAAACGUCUGUCCCCGAAUAUGCCGUCGUCCAAGGAUCGGCGAUAUUCCCAAGUACGAGGCAGUUGACGAGGAAUCACCAAGUUCAUCGUCAAAGAAAUUGACAAUAUCGCCAAUUUUGGAAGGUGAGAAAAACGUGACGCUGGAAAUUCCAUUGGAAUCAUCUAAGAAAAAUAAUCCUUUACUCACACAUUCGUUGAUGGUUAAAUCCGAUCGUGAAGAAACAAACGAAAGAAGUGAGGAAUCAUCGGGGUGUCAAGUGAUCGAAACAACCGAAAUCCUGGAUUCUUACGGUUCGCAAAAAAUCCCUAAGGAUAUUUGUGUCGAUAAGUGUGGUCAAACGAACGAAAGUAUUAUUGACAAAUUGUCCAUACCUGUUGACAAAAUUUCUUACAAUUUUGAUAAAGGAUCUACAUUGCAAACUGAAACAUUAACCACCGAGUUGCAAGAUCCAAAAUGGAAGAACACUUCGUCUCUUAGUUCGGAUAAUGUAAGGAUUGCAUCAAGCCCAGAAGAAACGUCAGAUUCCGAGAUAAUCGAAGUACGCAAGGACAGUGCUUUGUUUCUCGAAGAAGCUGAAGGUUUUGAUCCUCGUGAAUUGGCCAAAAGAUUUAGCAGUGCGCCUAGAUUUUCAAGGCCACGUAGAGAAAGUAGCGGAUACGCCAGUAAUUUGGGAACAUUCGACGAGGAUAGAAGAAAUUCGACGAAUUACGACGUGAUACAAGAUUUUAUCAAAGAAAGAAGAAGAUCAUCGGCUAAAAGAUUAAAUUCGCGAUACGGAGAAGAAGAAUUUAAAUUUGUUUUCUCAUCUGGUGCUAAUCAUAAUAAUAAUAAUAAUAAUAAUAAUAAUAGUAAUAAUAAUAACGUUUUGGAAAGGAUGCCGCCAACGAACGAAGUGCAGCAAAGGAAGCUUUCCAGUUCGGGUUUGGAUAUGCCCGACAUAGAAGAAGUCAAGGAACUUGUCAAGGACGAUUCUAACAGUUCAUCCUUAUCACUGGAAAAUCUUCACGAUCUUGGUCAUGCAAACGACAAAUCUUUAAAUCCAUCAUCGAUUGUUUCAACAAACAAAACUGAUACAAAAUGUUUAUCAAAAUCAUUAGAUAAUUCACCGAAGGAAUGUUGUCCAAUAGAAACAACGACGAUACAAAAAGAAAACGUAUCCGAUCGAAUUUUAAAAGACGAUGACGUUGAAUCAAUCGAAACAAUUGUAUCAUCAACUAACCAAGAGGAAGAUAAAAUAAAACCCAUCGAAGGUGUUAAAGAAGAAUCCAAAUGUAAAUCUAGCGAGGACUCCUCUUUAGAAGAUGACGAUCACGAUAAUGAUACAAUGAAAAAGAAGAAUAACAAGAUUAUGAUGAUAACAAAGAAGAAAUCUAUGACGAUUGAUACCAAAUCCGAAAUUAUUUCAAGAUCUAAUAACAAAGUUUAUCGUUUUAUAUCAACCCAAUCAGAAGACAGAACUGACGAUCGUCUAGAAAUCGAACUUUGUCCUAACGAUCGAAGGAUAUCCUUGGAAAUAACUGGAAGGGCUGAAGAAGAAGAAGAAGAGGAGGUGAUGGUGGUUGAAAAAAUAUCUGAUCGAUUAUCGUCCAUCGUUAAAUUGUCUGAUGAUUCUUCUUCCAACGUUACCCGAACGAAUAGCAAUUCGAAAAAAGAUGAGGGUGAUGAUGGUGGUGGUGGUGGUGGUAGUGGUAGUGGUGGUGAUGGUGGUGGUGGUUCUCCUAGUAACAACGUUCCAAGAAUUUCCCUUUUAACUGGAUCAUCAACGAAAUAUAGAAAAUUGUCUCCACCUGGUGAUAUUAGUGUCAGUGGUGCUAUUGGUACUCAUCGAGUAUUAUCAGACAUUGCUGCUACGGUCUCGGUCAGACCCAUUUAUCCUUAUUGUCCUUAUUCUCCUUACGGUAGUCCUCAGGGAUCACCGAGAAAUCGUAGAAGACCUUUAAGAGAAAGUAGAAGAGUCUCUAUCGAUAACACUCAAGGUGGAUUACAGUUAAACCAGUACAGAUUGAUGGAUAAUAUUGGACAGGGUUCAUAUGGUAUAGUAAAGUUAGCAUACAACGAGGAAGAUGAAACUCACUAUGCCAUGAAGAUAUUAAGCAAAAGGAAACUUAUGAAGAAGGCUGGUAUUUUUGGUAGAAUGGCACCCGGUAGAAAGGGUAGUGCUGAUCCUUUGGCAAAGGUUUACAGAGAAAUCGCUCUGUUGAAGAAAUUGGAUCAUCCGAACGUCGUCAAGUUGGUUGAAGUACUCGACGACCCGGACGAGGAUAAUCUUUACUUGGUAUUCGAGUUAGUACAGAAAGGAGAAAUUCUUCAAAUACCAACCGACAAACCUCUUGAUGAGGAUACUGCUAGGAAAAAUUUUCGCGAUGUUGUCAUGGGAAUCGAAUAUCUACAUUAUCAAAGAAUAGUACAUCGUGACAUUAAACCUAGCAAUCUUCUGGUGGAUAGCGAUGGUCGCAUAAAGAUUGCUGACUUGGGUGUUAGUGCGGAAUUAAGGGCAUCCGGGGAAUUGUUAUCGGGACCAGCUGGUACACCGGCUUUUGCAGCACCGGAAACAACCAUACCAGACGCUCAUUAUUCCGGCACGUCGUGCGACGUUUGGUCUAUGGGAGUGACACUUUAUUCAUUGGUGACAGGAAGAUUACCAUGGGACGGUGCUGGAAGUAUAAUUGGCGUACAAGAUGCUAUUCGUACGGAACCAUUAAAAUUUCCAGAUAAACCAAAAUUAUCAGAGGAAUUAUGUGAUCUCAUAGGAAGGAUGUUGGCUAAACGACCGAACGAUAGAAUAUCAUUGCAAUGUUUGAAGGAACACGAUUGGCUGACGAAUACUGGAAAAGAUCCAUUACCAAGUGAAACGGACAAUUGUAGAUUACAAGUUACGGUUACUGACGAAGAAGUUGAAAGGGUUGUCACCAAAAUACCCAAGUUGGAUACUUUGAUUCUCGUUAAAAAAAUGCUCAAACAACACAGCUUUCAAAAUCCAUUUUUACCGAAAAAAACUCCUGGCAAAAUUUCUAACAACGAAGGUGGAGAACAUGCGACAGAGGAAUCAUCUUUACCUUUGGAAGGAACCGCAGAAUCAUUGGUCCAACGUGCAACCACUUCGAGAAACAUCAAAUCUGAAAGAUUUCAAAGAUCGGGUAGAAGCAACUCGGCACCGGAUUCCUACGAUUGGCAAGUGAACAACAGGCAAAUAUCAAUGGAGAGUCCUUUGCCACCAGUGACGGAAGCGUCGAAUCAAGAAGCAGAAAUCGAGAGGCGGUGAUACGUUCGUCAUUAAAUCCGUUGGAAAUUAAUUCAUUCAUUCAUUCAUUCAUUAAUUAAUUAAAAGCAGCAGCUGUUAACAAGAGGUCGACAAAAAUGAAUCAACGAAAAUCAAUCUCAUUCUUCCCACUUUUAUUAAUUAUCAUCUUCGAUAUCUCUGUCUUUUCAUUUUUUUCUUUCUGUCUUUCUCAUUUCGAUAGAAAAAAAAAAAAAAAGAAAAAUGUUAAACUGCAAUCGGUGCACGUGAGACAAACGUUUUUUCCUAGGGGGUGUAGGAAAAAAGAUUAAAAAAAAAACAAACAAACGAAUUAAUUCGUGAUUGUUAGUUUUCAUUUGAAUUCUUUCUUUAAGGGUUGUUGCAUCGUUUCAUAAAAAAACCACCCCUUUGUAAGGAUCAAUCUUUCAUGCUGAACUAUUGCAAUCAUUGCAAUCUGAACAACUUGUUUAUAAGUUGUUUUUCUUUCUUCCUCGUGAGUUAUAGUUUUAAAGUAUAUAAAAAAAAAAA